AUGACUCCUACGAGCAAUUCACGAGAUAUCAUCGAGCGUUUCAAGCAAUGGGGCGCUUGCGACGUUGCCGACGGCCUCAGCAAACUCAAACACCCAGACGGAGGGUUCCUCGAAGGCCUUGCCCUCUAUUCACCAGAUUACCAAGCCGGAGAGACCAAGAUCGUUGGCCAAGCAUUUACGGUGAAAUUCGUGCCAAAAGACGACCAAGCUGCGCCGAGACUCGGUGGAAACUAUGUCCCUCUUAUUUGGCUGAUCGUUUUCUAUGAGGUAAACGCCGUCUAUGGUGGGCUGAUGACCCUGCGGGCACAGGCGGUAGGUGCAGCGGGGGUAGUGAUUGACGGACGUGUACGAGAUUUAGGAGAGCACCGAGCCCUAAAAUUUCCUCUGUUCGCCAGAUAUGCCGGCACCACAGCUGGCGGGGCAGUCUGUCGGCCUUCUGAAGUAAACGUUCCCGUGCGGCUGCACUCUGAACAUCAGGAGGCUUGGAUUAACCCGGGUGAUUAUAUUGUAGCCGAUUUGAAUGGAGUUGUGCGUGUGCCAAGGGAAACGGUGGAGGAGGUGCUUGAUGUUAUUCCGGAAAUUGUGGAGGCCGAUCGGAAGUGUGCAGAGGGGAUUAGGGCGGGAAGGAGUGUACAAGAUGUGUUCAAGGAGUUUAGGGGGCGGUAAGGGUAGAUUAUAGGUGAUAUAAAGCGUGGUUGCAAUAGCCUAGCUACCUGGUCCUUCUCGUCUGGUAGUACAUCCGUCCAUGAAGAGCAGCUUUAGCAAAG